GGUAACGGGAAGUCUGUCCAAGCUUAAGAGGCUGACGAUUGAGGUCACAGACACACCCGGAUUAUGCGACAGCUAUCUCACACAAGAAGAUAUUCAGGAGGAAAUCGCGAAGUGCGUGGCCACCGUCACACCUGGACCUCACGCCGUGCUGAUGGUCUUCAAAGGCAACUACCGCUUCACCCAAGAAGAGGUUCAAGCUUAUGACGAUCUAAAGAAGAUUUUUGGACCGGAGCUCGUCAAGCACAUGAUAGUCGUCUUCACCGGCAUGGACCACUUGAAGGAAGACGGCAUCGACCUACCCACAGCACUCCAAUCAGCUCCAGACAAGCUGAAGAAAGUGCUGCAAGAGGCCAGCGGUCGGUAUGUGGGCUUCAACAACAAGGCCUCGUGGUCAGAGAGAGCUGAGCAGCGGGACCAGCUUCUCAAAGUGGUGCGUCAGGUGCUGAAGAAGAACUGCGACAACUACUACUCCAACGAACUGAUGAAUAUGUUCGAGAAAACGAUGCAGGAGAUGGAGGCGACGUUUCAUCAAGAUCGCGAGCACAUCAAAGAGGGCGUUGUCAGCGAGAAGCCAUCAUUUCUCGGCCGCUUUUACAAAUCACCAGGAAGGGUUUUGAGCAGUUUGCUAGUUAAGAGUAGCAUAGCUAAUGUUGCCAGCUACAACGUGAUGCUGGUCUGGUGACAGGGAGUGGAAAGAGUUCCCUGGGUAA